UGGGGUGUGGUGCUGCAGUGCAUGACUGGUACACCUCUCAUCGGGAGCUGCAAAACCCUGGGUGCACCCACCCCUUCCUCGCCCUUCCCAGGGCCCCAGCUGCUGGGCGUUCCUUCUCACUGCUCAGCUGAUCCUUUCUCCCUCGGUCUCCUACCCCCAGUGUGGAGUGGGGUUCCCAAUGUGUGACAUGCAGAGUACCCUAACUUCCUCCUUCUGGUUCGGCUGUGCACCUGUGGUAUGUGGGGAGCCUCUGCACUGCUGAAUGUGCCAGUGAGGUCCCCAGCCCCCACACUCAGGGUACUGAGGAACACCUAAACUCCCCAAAAGCCCCACGCUGCACCAUGCCCCUGUGGAAGCAUGCAGAACACCACCUGCCGGUGGUAUGGGGCUCUCUACCAAAGCGAACCCCUGCAAUCAAAGAGGAAGCCAGCGAUGUUCUUGGAGAACUGAUGUUAAUAGUCCCCUAGGGCUGAGUCCUUCAAACAGGCAGGUAGCCACGUUCUGUGAGAGCUCUAGCUUCCUGACUAGGACAAACACAGCGCAAGGGGCUGUUCGCGCAGUGAGGCGAGCAGCCCAGCUCAGCAUGAGGGGAGGGGGUGAGGAAACCAAGGCUGGGGCUGUUCCUGAGAGCCGGGCAGCCCUGGCACAGCCCGGCUGGCUGCUGUGUUCAGAUUUAGAGCAGACUGUGUCUUGAGAGGCCAAACUUUGAAUCGAGUGCAGUUUCGUGCAGUCCCACGGCAGCCUGGCCCGUUUGCCUGCAGACAGCAGGAUGUGGCCAGGGGUGCAGGCAGCAGCGAGCUCGUUGUGUUCAAAUGCUGCAGAGUAAAGAGCAGCAGAAGCACCAGAGAGUAGAGCAGGACCAGAUACCCCACCUGGCCCCUUUCCCUGGCACAGCACAGGCUGGAGGUGCGUUUCCAGGAACUGAUCAGUGGAGAUUUUUGUUUAUGCACAAUUUGCAUUCUUUGCCUGCCUAGCGCUCCAGGAAGGGCAGGGGGACUGUAUCUCACGCCCUCAGCGGAGCACUGCAGGGAGUAGUGGUUUCCUCUUCCCUCAUGACUGAGCUCUCUGCUGCUCUGGUGUCACCCAGCUCGGGGACCCUGCUCCGCGGAGCCAAGGAACCGAGGGCUUGAAGACAUGCAGCUCAUCGGGACGCACUGAGCACUAUGCUCCAGCACAACUGCCUGGAGUUGAUACCUUUGGUCCUGUGCAACCACGUCAAUGGAGAGGGAGCUGUUAACACCCUACAUUUCUGUUGAACAGAGAAGACACUUUGAAUGGUUUAUGAGAAGAAAGCAAGAUGGAUGGAAGUCAGCCCCGCACCGAGACUCCCACGGCUCUCAAGAGGAUCUCUCUGCUUUCCUCUCCCAUGAGGGCAGUCAUCCGUCUGCGACGAAAAGUCCAGUUCCUGAAGAAAACUCGCCUGCAUCUGAACCUUCCCAGAGAACAAUCUCCAGAGCUGGUCCAAACUAAGCUUCUUCAAAGGCAGAUUUCCUUGAGCCGAACAAACCUGUAUAACCCUUCGAUGUCCCUCUUUAAUCAAGCCACUUUUGACAAUUCUCAGUACUUCACCUUUGACACAUCUGUGGACCAGUCAAUGGUGAAUAAAUACAAACGGAAGAAGACCCGCAGGAAGUCCAGGAUGGUGUUGUAUCCAGAAAGCUCCAAAAAGUACCUUCCAACAGAGCAAAAGAGUAAAGCAAAGCGCUGCCUUCUCUUGCUCAUUGGCAUCAUCUGCUUCCAAAUACUAAAUGCUAUUGAGAAUUUGGAUGACAACCUUCAGAAGUAUGACCUAGAUGGGCUGGAGAAAACCAUGCACCGGGAAGUAUUUGGGCAGAAGUUGGCUGUGGACAGAAUUAUGGAAUUGUUGAAAGACUACCUGGCCACCCAUAUACACAACAAGCCAUUAGUGAUCUCCUUCAAUGGCCCACCUGGGGUCGGAAAGAGCCAUGUUGGAUGGCUGCUGGCUAAACACUUCCGUUCAGUCAUGGACAAUGACUUUGUGCUUCAGUACUUUGUGAUGCACCACUGUCCAAACAAGGAGGCUACUCCUGCUUGCCAAUCGGAUUUGUCUGAAAAGAUUUCUGAGAUGGUCACCAGAGCAGAGAUAGAAGAGAAGAUACCAUUGUUUAUUCUGGAUGAGGUUGAGCUCAUGUCUCCAGUCCUGUUGGAUACGCUCAGCAGAUUCUUCCAACCAAACCAAACCAACGAGUUCCUCAAUGCCAUCUACAUUCUAAUAAGUAACGUAGGGGGCAGUGAAAUCACGACGUUUGCCCUCCAGAAUGUUUCCAGUGACCUUCUGCACCAGCAAAGAAAAAUAGAAGAACUGCUGUACAUUAUCCAGCCUAUUCUGACCCACUUCCACCCUCUUUGGAAGUCUGCUGACAUCAUCCCAUUUGGUCUGCUGGAGAAGAGUCAUGUCAUAAACUGCAUCUUGGAGGAGAUGAUGCGGGAAGGACUGUAUCCUGAUCAGAGCCAUAUUGAGAAUUUAGCUAGCCAGCUCGGCUAUUACACUACAGGAGGCAGGGAGUAUGCCAUAACUGGCUGCAAGCAGGUCGGAGCCAAAGUCAAUCUGCUGUAGCAGUAACUAUAAAUAAGAGGCCAAAUCCUGUUCUCGGCACUUUGCAUUCAGUGGAGAUAGCCUGGCUCUCCGCUGGCAUGACUGACAGCAGAUUUUGGCCCAGCAAGCAUGUCUUCAAGGGUACAGAUAUAAAGCUGUUUCAGUGACCAUGUUAUAAGAGGGUUCUAGGAGGCAGGACAGCAGCUGUCACCUCUUCUAAGAUGAGCUCUGUUCUCCUAUUGAUUUAUCAGACUUGAGUCACUGAACUCCCACUAUCCUGCAAAUAAUCCCCUGUUGACUAAGGCCAGGAGCUCUCCCUGAGGAUAUGUCUGCAAAGCAAUUUAAGGCCAGGUCUGAGUCCGGGCACAAGCCAAACCCCCUUGUGUCCACACUGUAAAUGUGCUCACCUAGGGCUCCAGAUCCAAGGUCCUAGGACCCUGCAGGGCUGGAGGAUCCAAGCCCUAGUGCUUUCCUGUGUGUAUCCCAGAGUUCCCAGCGGCAGCAUCAUUACUGCCUGGCAGAGCGCGCUCCCUGUUCCUGCUCCUCUCACAGGGGCUGCUCUUGCUCUGGGUCCUCCUCGCUGCUGCGCGGAGUUUGCCUGGAGCAGGGAGCAGAGCUGACAGGUGGGAGGUGGCUCCUGGAGGUCAUCCCUCUGCCGACUGUGCUGAGCCAAAAACUCUGCCGCUCGCCCUCUGUGCAGCUUGGUCCUGCUCUGCUCUCUGUGCCUUGCUCCUGCCCGCCCUCCACCCUCCCUGGGACUGUGUGUACAGGGGCACCUCGGCAGUGUGCACUGUCAGGGUGGUGAGUAGGCGCCCCCAAACUUCCCCACAGCCUCCUAGGGAUCCCUUAUCCCUGCCUCCUGGGGUGCAGCAGGAUAAGGGGAAUGCUGGGAGGUGCUGGAGCAUGCUUCACCCCAAGCCCUGGCCAUGCACUUUACCGCUCUGCAGCCAGCAGCAGCCGGGCGGGGUGGGGGUGGGGAUGUGUUUUUCCUCUGAUACCUUCAUUUUAGGUCGAACUUCUGGGCACUGCAGUGUGGAUGCCAGAGCCCUAAGUUUGAGCACGGGUCAGAAAAUCCUUAACCUAGGGUUCAAAGGCAGCGUAGACACUGAAGUCCAGGGUUCCCUGACACAGGUCAGCUGACUCGAGGCCCACUAACCCGAGGCUUACAUUGCUAUGUAGACAGCCUCCAGUUGUAUUGCGACCCCUUUUAUGUCCCUCAUACACACGUACCUAGCAGUUUAUUCAUUGGUGAUGUGUCAGCAAGUCUAGGAGAUGAGACUAAAUCCCCCAGUAUAUGUACACGGCAGAAGUGAUUUAAUGUGGCGGAGAUGGGGAGACAUUUGGGGUGACAGACUCAUCAGCAUGCUUAGCUGGGUCUCACUUGAGCUUCACACUCGGAAUCUGCAAUCUCUGCCUUUCCAGGGUCUGGCUGGACCUGCGAUGAAGGGUAACUGGCUUAAGAUCAGUCUAGCCAAGCUGGAGAUGAUGCUGGCAGGUAAGGGAAACAUUUGGAAUAGAGAGUGCAGACUGACUGUUACCCACCGACCCUUGGUGUCAGAAUGAUGCAUUCUUGGGCUCUUUUUCUCCACGGCUGCUCUUGGAUUCCUGGGCAACAGCAGUCUCCUGGAAUACGUUCUACCAUCUCUGGUUGCCUUAGAAGUUGUAUCCCUUUAUACCUGAGGCAGACUGUGCCUUUGUCACUUCCAGGCUAGAUUCCUGCAAUGCACUUUUCUUGGGACUACCCUUGAAGACUACUCAGAAGCAUCGGCUAGGGAAAAAUGCAGCUGCCUGCUUGUUAAGGUUUUCCUCAUGUGGCCUUUGGUAUAAACGCUGCUGCUUGUUUGUUUCUAAGUACAAUUCACAGCACUGAUUAUCUAGAGAGCCCUUACCUGGGAAUUCACAGAUGCAAGGUAAUGUGCAUUUUGAACUGUUCGUGCACAUUGCUGGGUUCGAAAACGACGCCAGAACAGGCACUGGGCAUCUUGGGAACAGCUCUGUGAAACCCGUACUCACUGGGCAACAGCCAUCAAAAACAAAAAUAUUAAGUUGCAGGAGAAACAGGAGAGGAAACAGCACUGAAAAAUAUGAUAAUGCCAUUGUUAUGGAGCGACAGUCACCUCUCUGCUGUUAAGGUUGCAACCAGCUUCCAUUAUAAAGCCCUGUUCGAGCCCUGCUGUAACCUUAGCUUGGAAAUCUGGUACAUGCAAAGUUUCAACGAAAUGUAUGCAACUGCCUUGGCGUUCCAGGUGUUUACAAUAUUCUCCCAAUUAGAAAUACUAUCUGUUGUCUAAGCUUUCUGUGUCUCCGUCUAGCUCAAAAUCAGUUUGUUGUCUUCUCACUUCCUGUACAGUUAACUCUCCUUGAACAUUCAUGUGCAGUGGAAGAAUUGAUGAAAAUAGCAUGUAAUUAAGCAAAGGUGUUGGUGACUUUUUUAUAGGCAAAUCUUGUUUGUAUUGAUUUCAUUGGAAUUAUGUGAAUAAUGGAUUUUUUUGUGUGGACAUUCUGAAAUAUGUAUCAAAAUAUG